CAAAUCAAUGAAGUCGCCUGUCGGACGAACAGGGCUGGGCUGCCUGAAAGUUGCGUCAAUUUACGGACUUAAUUGUUACCGAAUAGACGACAACAAGGAUAUGUAUACGGCAAAUAUGGGCAGCGACGUAUUUUUUGCUCUUUUAACGGAUUAAAGAGGACAUCUUUCACUAUCAGUUUUCAACUUGUACGUGGAGUUUCAUGUAUUUCGUGAUUUUUUUUUUUUUAUUACGUAAAACUGUCCCUGACUGAGAAUGAUUUUCGCAAAUACUGGCAACCUACCAAGGACUCCAUAUCGCAAACAGCCACUUGUUGCCCCAUCGUCGCACCCUAUGGCUCCGCCCAGCCCGAGCACCAACAGUAGCACCAACAACAGCAGCUGUAGCAGCACCGGAGGCUGGGAACAGCUGAGUAAAACAAACCUCUACAUMCGAGGCCUGCCCCCAUCAACCACAGACCACGACCUGGUCAAACUCUGUCAUCCGUAUGGCAAAAUUGUGUCGACCAAGGCCAUCCUGGACAAGGCCACAAAUAAGUGUAAAGGUUAUGGUUUUGUGGAUUUUGACAGCCCAGCCGCAGCUCAGAAGGCUGUGGCCGCCCUGAAGAGCAACGGUGUCCAAGCUCAGAUGGCGAAGCAACAAGAACAAGACCCAACAAACUUGUACAUCUCCAACUUACCUCUGUCUAUGGAUGAGCAGGAACUGGAGAGCAUGCUAAAACGUUUCGGUCAAGUUAUAUCCACUCGCAUCUUGAGAGACUCGGGUGGAAUCAGCAGAGGAGUGGGCUUUGCAAGGAUGGAGUCAACUGAAAAAUGUGAAGCAGUUAUUUCUCAGUUUAAUGGAAAGUUCAUUAAAACACCUGCAGGUGUUCCAGCACCAUCCGAACCAUUGUUGUGCAAGUUUGCUGAUGGCGGGCAGAAAAAGAGACAAAGUCAAAAUAAAUUUGGCCAGAAUGGUCGCGGCUGGGCGAGGGACGGUGACUCCCGACUGGCUGGAAUGACCCUGACAUAUGACCCCAGUACAGCUGCUAUGCAAAAUGGGUUUUUUCCUGCACCCUAUAGUAUUUCUAGCAGGAUGAUCACUCAAACGUCCUUGUCUCCGUACAUGUCUCCAGUUUCAGCAUAUCAGGUGCAGAACCCUUCCUGGGUGCCUCAUCAACCCUACAUCAUGCAGCAUCCGGGUGCAGUACUAUCGCCCUCUAUGGACCCAUCUGUGUCACUGCAGCCUGCUUCCAUGAUGGCCCCUUUGGCUCAGCAGAUGAGUCACCUCACUCUGGGUGGUGCAGGAACGUUUAUGGCUGCCAACACAGCUUUGCAAGGAGCUUAUAUCCCACAGUACGCACACAUGCAGACAGCAGCGGUUCCUGUGGAGGAAAAUGGCGUACAGUCGCAACUAGACUCAUCUGGCAAUCAUUCCCCUUAUUCCUACCCACAAAGCAAGUAGUGCCGAGAAUGAUCUUGCUGUCUGAGUAAAAUCCUCCUUAAUGUUUUAAUGCAGCAGUUUAGUGCCGACCUCCACAGAGCAAAGAUGAACAGUGAAUACCAGGAGAUCCACAACAUAGGAUUUUAAAAAGUUGAAAAAUAAAAUCUGUUUUCUUUAUUCUCAAGACUAAAAAAAAAGAUGUAUUUCUUUAACAACUGGUUUUAAUUUUUGGAAUUAAAUAUUUAUUUAGGUAAAGACUUUAGAUUUUGUGGACGUUGAAAUGAGUCUGAACUUUUUUACGAGAUCAAAUUUUCAAUCUUGCCUUUUAGAAAUCGUAGAAUUUUAGAAUAUUUUUAAUUAAACCUUGUGGGGGAAGAAGAUUUAUUUUCUAUUUUUUGAUUUUUCAUUUGGGGUGACGUUCAUUCUUUUAAUAGGAUACGUUAAAAACAAAAGUGGUAAAAAGAACUAAAGACACAAAAAACAGUUCUAGGUAAAAAUUUGUAAAUGUUUUAUUUUGCCUCAUUUUUUACCAGGAAACAAACCUUCUUUACCAAAUAUUAGAAUUGUCACCAUUUUACACUUUAACCAGGAUGGUAGUAAAUCUGCAAACUAUUUCAGUUUGGACAGUGUGCCUUUUUGUUUUGUUUUGUUUUGUUUUAUUUUGUAUAUUGCAAACAUAAAGAAGGACUAAACAAGUGCCGCUUUCAUAAUAUUUAAAAUUUCACAUUGAAGGUGAAUGGAGAUGGGAGACAUAUUAAAAAUUGUCAAAGAAAAGAGCAAUUUAAAACGCUAUUCUGUUUAAAUUAAUUAUUUAGAUUACAAAAAAAUCCAGCUCUAACAGCAUGUCCUCCCAUAAGCUCGUGAUUCAUCCUGGUCUGCGGUCAGAUCACUUAUCUACCUCAGAGUUUUCUCUUUCUCCUCCAUAUUGGGUCGGGUUAGCAGGUCCAGCCCACCCCCCACUUUCAGACCAAAUACCACACUCAGGAGCUGGCCACAUACCAUUUACUCAUUUCCAGUUGUGUUUCAUCGCCUCUUUUUUUGAACAGGAGAUUCAAGAGGCAGAUUUAAAUUUAAGACCUACAAGAUCAACCAAGCUAUGUGGUUUUGUAAAAAUGUUUUUGAUUUUUGUAUUGGAUUGGUAUAAAUGAGCCUGUUCUGAUCAGUUUCCUGGGAUGUGCAGGAAACGCAGCGGCUGCCAUGAUUAUACUUGAGAUUUUCUUGUAAAUGCCUGAGACUGACGAGUAAUACUGUCAUUGUGAGGUUUAUGCUGCUAAGUGGUGUCUGAACUAAGUGCCAUAGUGYGGGUCAAGAGCUAACGAGGUGCUUAAAUGAAAAGCGGCUCCUAAAAAUAACCACCACGUAGAACAUUCAGUAAGUUAUGUGACAAUGUUCUAAUUUAUGAAGAUUUUUGUUCCAUUAGCUUGAGGAAGAACUAUGGAAGUUACUUUUUUUUUUAAUGUGUGCCACUUUUGCAAAAGGCAACUUGUAUGUACAGUUCAAGGAACCUCUUCCACUCUGUUUUUUUUUUAUUUUGGUUUUUAUAGUUUGUUCUAAAGCUCAAUUUUUUUUUUCUCUGAGCAGAUUGUUGCCAAAGGUUUAUUCUGUUGAUUUCUUUCAUAUUUUUUGAAUAAAAAACAAAACAUGUGUUUUUA